UCCACUCAUAACCGGUAUAUAGGAUUACGAGGGAUUAGCACAAGAAGCUCCCUCUCUCUCUCUCUGCAUCUGGUCUUUGGAGAAAAUCCGGAGUCAAUUUCAAAAUUCAUGUAGAGAACCCAGCUAUUCAGCAUCUUGCCUCCACUCGCUGUUCGAUGUGUCAACUCAAUUUAGCAGAUAAUUCUGUUUGACGGCGGAUCAGCGGACAUAUCGACGUUGAUCUUGGGAACCAAAAAAAAUGGCGAUUUCUGCGUUAGCCUCCGUAUCUCCAUUCGCGUUAUCUUCCUUUUACAGGAAAACCCAUCUCGUAAUUUCGGCACCCACUAGGGUUUCUUCUCCGAAUUCUCCAGAGAAACCCUGGUUGAGCCAAAACCUUUUCCUACGACCCCAAAAUUCAUGUCUUUUCCAUCCGUUACGCCGUAAUUUCACCAGGUUUUGUUAUUUUCGAGAUGGGUUUGUCGGAGAAACCGGAGAUGAAAAGGAUAGUAUCAAGCUUCCAUCUUUUGAUGUAAAACCAGUGAAAUUCGCAGUAUGGGUCGUGUUCUGGGCUUCUCUAUCUCUGUUUUGGUUCGCGAGGUCAGGUGAUGCGAAAGCUGCGACGGAUUCAAUCAAAGCAUCGAGCUUCGGUCUAAGAAUCGCCGCCGCUCUCCGCCGCUCAGGGUGGCCGGACGAGGCGGUGGUUUUUGCUUUAGCCACUCUUCCGGUCAUAGAGCUCCGUGGUGCUAUUCCCGUCGGUUACUGGUUGCAGCUCAAACCCAUUGCUCUCACUUUCUUCUCUGUUAUGGGGAAUAUGGUCCCGGUUCCGUUUAUCAUACUGUACCUGGAGAAGUUUGCGAAUUUCUUGGCGGGCAAGAGCCGCUCUGCAUCUAAGCUACUAGACAUGUUAUUCAGAAGAGCCAAGGAGAAGGCAGGUCCGGUGGAAGAGUUUCAAUGGCUGGGGCUAAUGCUCUUCGUGGCUGUUCCGUUUCCCGGCACAGGUGGGGGGAGGGGAGCCAUAAUAGCUUCAGUGCUCGGCAUGCCGUUCUGGUCGGCUGUCUCUGCGAAUUUCUUGGGGGUGGUGGUGGCUGGACUUCUGGUGAACCUGCUGGUGAAUCUUGGUCUGAAACAGGCAGUCCUCGCUGGGAUUGCUCUCUUCCUGAUAUCUACAUUUAUGUGGAGUGUUCUCAGACACGUCAACAAGGCGGUGGAGGAGACGAUGAAAACAGGCAACAACGGCACGAGGAGAGAGUUACUGCAGGUGGGCCAAAGCCGAGGCCAACACCCGAAGCGACGCAACUUAGGAGGAAAGUGCGUAGCCUAUAACCCGAUCGAUAGAUGCUGGAGAUGUGACCCCGGCUGGUCGAAAAAUCGGAAGAAGUUGGCGGAUUGUGCGCUCGGAUUCGGCCGUAAGACCACCGGAGGUAAGGCUGGACCCUACUAUGUUGUUACAGAUGCAUCCGACGAUGAUCUUUUGAACCCGAAAGCGGGAACCCUAAGGCAUGCCGUGACGAGAGAGGAGCCACUCUGGAUCGUGUUUGCAAAGAGCAUGGUUAUAAAACUGCAGCAAGAACUGAUCAUGACCAGCGACAAGACGAUAGAUGGACGGGGAGUGAGGGUUCACAUCACGGGCGGUGCGGGGUUCACCUUGCAAUUCGUGAACAACGUGAUCAUCCACAACAUCUAUAUCAAGAACAUCGUGCCUGGGAAUGGCGGGUUGAUAAGAGAUUCCGAGACGCAUUUCGGGCUUCGGACAAGGAGUGAUGGCGAUGGGAUCAACAUAUUCGGAGCCACUAAUGUCUGGAUCGAUCAUGUCUCGAUGUCCCACUGCAGCGACGGGAUGAUUGACGCAAUCCAAGGGUCGACGGGGAUCACCAUUUCCAACUGCCACUUGACCGACCACCAAGAGGUGAUGCUGUUCGGGGGGACGGACAAGGAUGUGAUAGACAAGAAGAUGCAGAUAACGGUAGCGUUCAACCAUUUUGGGAAGAGAUUGGUGCAGAGGAUGCCGAGGUGCAGAUACGGACUGAUCCAUGUGGUGAACAAUGACUACACUCACUGGGAAAUGUAUGCCAUUGGUGGUAACAUGAACCCUACUAUCAUCAGCCAAGGGAAUCGCUUCAUUGCCCCUCCCAACGAAGAAGCCAAGCAGGUAACGAAGAGAGAGUACACACCGUUUACCGAGUGGAAAUCGUGGAACUGGCAGUCGGAGGGAGAUUACUUCCUGAACGGAGCAUACUUUGUGCAGUCGGGGAGAGCAAAUGCGUUGAGUGCAGCCCCGAAGAAUCCAGUCCCGAGCAAGUUUGCGAUCAGGCCGCAGCCAGGGACUUUGGUCAGGAAACUCACCAUGGACGCUGGGGUCCUCAGCUGCAAGAAACGUAAGCCCUGUUGACGAAGAUUCCAACAGUUGAUGACACCCUUCAACGCAAGUUCGGUUCAUAACUGGUUUUGUCACUGUUUUACAUGUUGUAACUGAAAAAAAAAAAAGAGAUACAAAGAAACAAAGGUAGUCUUCUUUCUGUGAA